AUGUCAGUCAAAGGUUCUAGGCCAACCACUCCAGAGCCUUUGCAAGAAACAAGCCCAGGAUCCUCUCAAUCAAAGAGUCCAGAGCAAAAGCUGGUAAGGCUGGGUCAUACAAGUAAAGAGACCUCUUCCCCAGGAUAUGUGUUGGACCAGUUAUCUCAAUCAUGGACAUCAUCAAAAAAAGAGGCCACCAGGAGGAGGUCACAUUCUCCACAUAAGGAGUGUUCAAUUGUCAAGACAAGAGCAAUUGUCAUAGAUACUGGUACAGGGACAUGUAAAGCUGGCUUUGCAGGUCAGCAGAUCCCUCAGUCAGUUAUUGGGGCAUUAGUUGGACAGCCCCUAGAAAAAUUCAUGAAGAUUGGAAGUGAUAUACCAGACACAUUCAUUGGAGAGCAAGCUCGAUUGGAACCUGAUAUUGAUAUCAUUUUUCCAGUAAGGCAUGGCAUAAUCAUGGACUGGGAAGCAGCCGAAGCACUGUGGUGGUACAUUUUCCAGCAUGAACUCAAGGUUGCUCCAGAAGACCAUGCACUUUUAAUGUCUGAUCCUCCCCUCUCACCAACUACAAACAGAGAGAAGUUAGUGGAAGUUGUUUUUGAGUCCCUCAAUUUCCCCAAAGUGUAUGUGGCAUAUCAGUCAGUACUGUCAGUGUAUGCUCAUGGAAAAAUUAGUGGGUUGGUAGUAGAUACAGGCCAUGCUGUGACACACACUGUACCAGUCCAUCAAGGAUACAAUUUGCCACAUGCCACAGAAAAGAUGGACAUUGCUGGAGCCAAUGUGACAUCUUUUUUGAUGGACCUCCUCAAAGACAUGGGGCACUACGUUGAUGAAAGAAUGCUGGAUGUGAUUGAUGAUAUCAAACAAAAAUGCUGUUAUGUUGCACUUGAUUUUGAGACUGAGUGGAAUUGCCCAGAGGUAGACAAUACAGUGGAGUACCAGUUACCAGAUGGCCAAAUAAUCACUUUAGGGAAGGAGAGAUUCCAGUGCCCUGAGAUGUUGUUCAAUCCACCGCAGAUGCCUGGACUUGCUCUUCUAGGCAUCCAUGGCAUGGCUCAAAAAAGCUUAAUGAAAGUCCCUGAACAAAUCAGGAAAGAAAUGUAUGAAAAUAUAAUGUUAUGUGGAGGGUCGUCACUUUUUGAAGGAUUUGAAAGGAGGUUUACUCAACAUAUUAUCACUAACAUGGAGACUAGCACAAAAAUCAAAGUCACAGCUGUUCCACUGAGGCACUAUUCUGUCUGGACAGGAGGUUCAAUUCUUGCUUCCCUGAACAACUUCCAAUCAUGCUGGAUCAGAAAGGAGCAAUACCAAGAGUAUGGACCAUAUGUUGUGCACAGGAAGUGCUACUGA